UAUCCAAGGCACUUUAUAGUUUCAAUGGCAGCUCCAGACUUACUGGACCCCAAAUCUGCUACUCAAAACAGCAAGCCCCGCCUCUCCUUCUCAAACAAGCCUGUCACAGUGAGCCCCCGGGAGGAAAGCGAGAUGGUGGCCACGGUGAUGAAGUGGAAGACGGUGUCUGUGAUCUUCUUCCUGGUGGUGUUGUAUCUGGUGAUGGGAGCGCUGGUGUUCAGAGCCCUGGAGCAGCCCCACGAGAGUGCCCAGCGUUUGGCCAUCCUCUCCCAGAAGUUGGAGUUCCUCUCCAGACACCCCUGUGUGAACCACAGCCAGCUGGAGGAACUGGUCAAGCAAGUGGUGACAGCGAUUCGUUCGGGCGUGAACCCUGCAGGAACGCUGACCCAUCAUGCUAGUCUCUGGGACCUGAGCUCAGCCUUCUUCUUUGCCGGGACAGUCAUCACUACUAUCGGGUUCGGGAACAUCUCCCCACAAACAGAGGGCGGGAGAAUCUUUUGCAUUGUGUACGCGCUGCUCGGGAUCCCUCUCUUUGGCUUCCUAUUGGCCGGUGUGGGAGACCAGCUGGGCACCAUAUUUGGCAAGGGGAUCGCUAAAGUGGAGAAGAUGAUUGUGCAGUGGGACAUCAGUCAGACUAAGAUCCGGGUCAUCUCCACGCUGCUCUUCGUCCUGUUUGGCUGUCUGCUGUUCGUGGCGCUGCCGACCGCCGUCUUCAAACACAUCGAGGGCUGGUCCGCGCCCGAGUCCCUCUACUUUGUGGUCAUCACCUUGACGACCAUCGGCUUCGGGGACUUUGUGGCAGGUGGCUCCGAGAUAGAAUACCAAGACUACUACAAACCCGUCGUGUGGUUCUGGAUCCUGGUGGGACUGGCCUACUUUGCCGCCAUCCUCAGCAUGAUAGGAGACUGGCUGCGGGUCAUCUCCAGGAGGACCAAAGAAGAAGUGGUGGAGAUCCGGGCGCACGCGGCCGAGUGGACGGCCAACGUGUCGGCCGAGUUGAAGGAGACGCGGCGGCGCGUCAGCAUCGACAUCUACGACAAGUUCCAGCGCGCCGCCUCCAUCAAGCGCAAGCUGUCCACCGACCUGGGCCUGAGCUCCGCCCCCGAGCUCUGCCUCCCCCGCCGGGGCCUGGCCUCGGGGGGCUACGGCGAGGAGCGGGAGAGGGAGCGGAGCGAGAAGGAGGCCGCCCUGCAGGCGCUCAUGACGCCGCUGACCAGGAAGGGACGCUACUUCAUGAACGGUCUGGACCCCGAGCUGGGAGACAUCUCCAUCAUCGAGCAGCUAUGAGUAGACAUGUUUUUAAUCACGGUGUAAAAAAACGUUUUUUCGGUUGCAUAUCUGAGAACGACUGACUCCAUACUAGGGGUCAGUGAUUGGUCGAACCGGAUAAGAUGUUGUUGGCACAUGGUGACGGCUGCUCAUAAAGGUAGGUUAUGUCAGCGUGUGUCCCGACAAAUUUGAAUGUGCCAGCCUAAAAUCUGAGGUACAAGUCUGCGUCGGUUUGCUUCUUCUGUCGACGCAGGGUGCAAACGAUUAAUUGAAAGUUACUCCCAUCAGUAAGGCUCCAGGCCUCCCUGACCCCACUGUGUGCCUCUUAAGCUUCCCUCACCUGUGCAGGUGAUCUCAGAACUGGCCCCAUCAUAGCCAACGCUAUCCACCUCUGACCACUGUUGCCUACAUUGGUGGAUGUGCCAAUUUAGCAUGAAACAAGAGGAUUUCCCCAACCUCAACACAACAGAAUGUGAUAGUAUUCAAACUGCAAAGACCAGCACUAUGUCUGAAUAGCAAAGAGUGCAACUGUCAGCAAACAAUGGGUAGGCUAGGGUGUGCUGAGUGGACCAAAGAAGUAGAAAUGUGAAGAAUUUAGCACAUUAGCUAUGUAACGAAGUACAACAAGAAUGGCAAUGGCGAAUGGACGACAAAAGUUGACAUUUCUAAGAGGUUGUAUACCAAAUUUAAAAAAAAACACAACCUUAUCCAAGCUACACAAUUAUUUUCUUAAUUUGCUUCAUCAUCUUAAUGUAACAAUGCCAGAUCAGUAUUUCUUAGACUCUUAAAAAUAAUAUGUAUUCUGAUUGUAUUCCGAUCAUGUCUCCAGCAGUUCCUUAAGUAUCUGUCUGAUACUCUAUAUCAAAGAGGUAACUUUGAUGGAUUUAACAUAAGUUUGGCCAUUCUUAAUGACAGUCGUACCAGCUGGACAGCCAUGAUGAAAAUGGCAUAGCUCCAAGGCACUUUAUUAUAUAAAGUCCUGGAUAUUGUGUCUUGAGACAGUUUUUCUUUUACAAACUGAUAUCCCAGACAAGCGUACUUUCAAAUAUUUUGAAGUAUCUAUAUGUCGAACAUUAAUUUAAGACUUUAUCAAAAGUUACAUUUUCUGCAUCAUCAUCUACUCAUAUUUGAUUAAUCAAGCAUCAAAUGCCAUUGGGUCAACAUCCUUGAAUUCUGUUGGCCUUUUUAACUACCAUGCAUGGGUAUACCAAGCCACGGUUUUAAUGACAUAUUAUUGAACAAAACUGCUGUAUUGCAAGUGAGUGGUAUGAGUGGUAUGUUAGGGAUGCCUUGUACAUACAGAGGAAUCCGGUUUGUCAUUCAAUUGUCGUUAUGGUCUUUAGAUAGUUUACAAAAUUCAUGUUAUCAAGCCUCUGACUGAUUAAGCAGUUGUAAUCAUUAAAUAUCAAACACUCAUCUUAAUGAUGCAUUGGAAGGAGCUAAAGAUGGAGAUUUAAUUGGGAAAAUUAUAAGGCCAUUUUUGUAUUGGAUUUACUCAAGCCUGUAAGGCGUUUUAGGUAUUUCAGUGGAACAAUUGGACAAAAAAGUGCAAACUGGUAAAUCUUUAGGAAUAUUUCAACUCCGACUCAUUUUAGGAUAAGAGAUGAAGAAGUAAUACAGCAUUCAGACAGUGACAUUUUGCUUGUGCCAUAACUUGUGUGUUAUAUGCAUAAACGGAUGCAGGUGAAGUAACACGCAGUAAGUCAGCCAUUCAGACAUACGCACGCUUGAUGUGCGUAUGCCUGCCGUUAAAAAUGCACUUUUAUUUUCCAGCCUCAGACCCAAUAAUAGUGUUUUUCCUCCACAAGGAACUUUGUGUCCUUAGGCUUCCAGUAAAUGUGGUGAUUUGAAUACACCUCAGUACCCAUUAAGGUACCCCAAAAUAACCUUUUAUUUCAUAGUUUUGCAUACUAGUUUUACUGAGAAAAUAAUUUGUUUUAAACAGGGUUAGCUGUUGGUACUAACAUUGCAUUUCAUAACAUCUUGUGAUUGGUUAGCUUUAUUUUGGAUCUGGGUUCAUAGGUUAACUAUUUUCUAACUUCCUUUGUAAGCUUUAUUUUAACAAAAAACUGAUUAUACUGUGUAUAACUACAAUCUACUAAUGUACUGGAUGUGCUUUGAUUGGUUGAUACUCUAUGAUAUGGAGGAAAAAGCUUAUGUAUUUUUCUGUAUGUUUACGUUGGAAGAGCAUAUUUCUGAUGUAAGGAAAUCCUUAGCUCAAAGAAAUGUCCAUAGAUACAGAUUUUUUUACACAGAAUAUUA